AUGACCUACCGGUACCAGGCAGACGGAAUGAAUACUGUACGCGAUGGCUAUCACUCACCUCCGUUUUCGUCACGGUUCAUUUACUUGCUUGCUGGCAUCGGAGCCUCAUUUCAUUUCAUUUCGUUCCAUUCCAUUCCAUGCAUGCAGCCAAUGCUCUCCCGAUGCCGGGGCCAACAUUAUCAUCACAAUGUCCAAAUGAAACCUGCAAAGACGACUUUGCAAAUAAAACCCAGACAUUGCAACGAUAAUGUUCGCUCCGUGCACCACAAAAACACAACCAUCUGCGGUCUCUUGCGUACUAGUAUUCGCCCGUCCUUGCCAACAGUACUCUGCCAUGGCGAGUGCAUUUCUGGCGGUGCGUUUUCGAAGAAAUGGAGUCGAGCCUACUCGUAA